AUGUCGACCCCCCUCGCCACAGUAGCCAUCCUCUCAAUCGGGCAAAUGGGCCUCGGCAUCGCCGCACUCCUCACCUCGCACAACUACCGCAUAACAACCAACAUCAGCGGCCGCAGCGCCGCCACAAAAGCGCGCGCAGAAUCCGCUGGCAUACACCUCUAUGCUACAGACGAGGAGCUCGUUGCAGACGCAGAUUACAUACUGAGUAUCGUGCCGCCACGUGACGCUGUGGCGACGGCGAAACGCGUGGUGUCUGCGCUGCAAUCGGAGAGAUGUGAGAGGGACAGGAGAGAGAAGGAGAAGGGCGCGGUGUGGUAUUUGGAUCUGAAUGCUAUUAGUCCGGGCACAGUGAGGGGGGUAGCGGGACUGUUUAAGCAGAAUGAGAAAGACGUUGUGUUUGUAGACGGGGGCAUUAUCGGUGGCCCGCCAGCGCCGCCAUCACAGACAGAUCAAACUGCAUGGACAAGACCCGGUAUCCCGCUAUCGGGACCUCAUCCGCUGGACUCCGCACCCAUUUCCGGGGCCCAUCUAGCUGAAGUACUUAACACGCGGUAUCUCGGCGGGGAAGUCGGGACAGCGUCGGGGCUGAAAUGCUGUUUCGCGGCGCUGUCAAAGGGGUUUACAGCAUUGGCGCUGCAAUCUUUCUCGUCGGCGGAGUCGCUGGGUGUGCUGGAUCCGUUGCGUGAGUAUCUUGAUGUGUAUAAUCCUGGUGCGAGACCGAAGGCAGAAAAGAGUGUGGUGGGGUGUACGGGGAAGGCUUAUCGGUGGGUGGAGGAGAUGAUGCAAAUUGGUGAGUGUUUUCGAACGGAAGGUGGGACGGCGGGUGAGGCGAGUGUGUUCAGGGAGAUUGCUGGCGUGUUUACUGGGUUGGCUGAUGUUGUGGAGAGGAACGGGAAGGAGGAGAUGGGGAGUGUGGAGGGCGUCGUUGGAGCGCUGUUGAAGGAUCAGAAGAACAAGAAGAACUAG